AUGGGCGAGGGCCAGCAUCUUCCCUCGGCCCUGCCCGGUCCUCACCACGGGGAGAGGAGGCGGAGGGAGCGGCAGGUAGGAGCGCCGGAGCCCACGGUCUCCCUCGGAGGGCCCGUGGCCAUGGGCGAGCCGGGCGCGCAGAAGGCCGGCGAGGGCACGGUCUCCCGCCUGCUCAACGUGGUGGAGAGCGAGCUGCAGGCCGGCCGGGAGAAAGGCGACCCCACGGAGAGGCAGCUCCGCGUCACGCUGGAGGACGCCCCGCUCUGGCAGAGGUUCAAGGAAGUCACUAACGAGAUGAUCGUGACCAAGAGCGGCAGGCGGAUGUUCCCUGUGCUGAAGAUCAGCGUCACGGGGCUGGACCCCAACGCCAUGUACUCCCUCCUGCUGGACUUUGUCCCCACGGACAGCCACCGCUGGAAGUACGUCAACGGGGAGUGGGUGCCCGCAGGCAAGCCCGAGGUCUCCAGCCACAGCUGCGUGUACAUCCACCCGGACUCGCCCAACUUCGGGGCGCACUGGAUGAAGGCGCCCAUCUCCUUCAGCAAGGUCAAGCUCACCAACAAGCUCAGCGGCGGCGGCCAGAUAAUGCUGAGCUCCCUGCACAAGUACGAGCCGCAGGUGCACAUUGUGCGCGUGGGAGGUGCCCACCGGAUGGUCAUGAACUGCUCCUUCCCUGAAACCCAGUUCAUCGCCGUGACCGCCUACCAGAACGAGGAGAUAACAGCUCUCAAAAUCAAGUACAACCCCUUUGCCAAAGCCUUCCUGGAUGCCAAGGAGAGGAGCCACCUGAAGGACAUCCCGGACGCCAUCUCCGAGAGCCAGCACAUGGCCUGUCCCCACCUGGGCGGCUGGAUCUUCUCCAACCCGGACGGAAUGUGCUCGCCCGGGAACUCCAACUUCCAGUAUGCACCGCCUCUGCCUCUGUCUGCCCCUCACGCCCACCACGGCUGUGAGCGCUACGCCGGCCUACGCGGGCACCGGCCGGCCCCCUACCCGGCCCCGUACGUGCACCGGACCCACGCUCCCUCAGUGAACUUGCUAGAAAGCUCUGGCAACAACCUGCAAGUGUUCUCCGGAGCCGACAGCUGGACCUCCAUCUCCUCCACGCCGCAUGCCAGCAUCCUGUCCGUCCCGCACACCAGCGGCCCCAUCAACCCUGGGCCCAGCCCCUACCCGUGCCUGUGGACCAUCAGCAACGGAGGUGGAGGCCCCGCCGGGCCGGGCCCCGACGUGCACGCCGCGUCCCCGGGCGCGUUUCUCCUGGGCGGCCCCGCGGUGACCUCGCCCCUCUCCACCCAGGCGCCCCCCUCGGCGGCCGUGGAGGUGCUGGGGGAGCCCUCGCUGACCAGCAUCGCCGUGUCCACCUGGACAGCCGUGGCCUCACACCCGUUUGCGGGCUGGGGCGGCUCGGGCGGGGGCGGGCGCCAUUCCCCCUCCUCGCUGGACGGCUAGGCAGGGUCCGAGGGCAGGGUCCCCGGAGAACCGUCCACGUGCCCGGCACCGAGAAACCCCAAUCCCAGGGAGUGAGGCUCGGGGGUGGGCUCCUCCAGAAGCCGACGGGCAGAUGGUUCAGCGAGGGUGAUGCUAGUGCGUCCUCGGGUCUCUCUACCACUUGUGUGUGUUCCCCUGUUCUGGCAGCGGAUCUCUGCU